GUCAGUUUGUACUUAGCAUGGCAUAAACGUCGUCAGUUCAUCUCUGAUGGCAGCUUUGAAGCUUGAGCGGUUGAGCCAAUUACCACUUCAGCUUCGAAGUUUGAAGUCCUCAGCUCAUGAUACCGCGGUAGAGACUAGAGAGGGGUUAAAUGACUAUAAGCAACCGCUUCUAAGUUCUAAGCAGUUUGGUUUUGGUUCUGAAAUGGUUUUGUUGUGCUCUCUGUGGUUGUAACCUGGGAUUCUGAGAAACCCUCAAAAUCAGAAGAAACUCAUGUCUAGAUUUCCGCUAGUUUCUCAUCUCCAAAGGCGUAUCUGUAUUCUCUGUUUUAGUUGUUCUAAUUGAAUUGCUCGUUGAUUUGUGAACACCGUUUCAAAUCGCGAGGGAGGGAUACCUCUUUCUUUCCUCUUUCUUUCUUUCUGGGUCUCUCUUGCUUCGCAUCCUAAUGUGUUCGCAGCAAACGAUAACUUAGCGAAUGGAUUUCUAGGCUUAUUAGCGUCAAAAUGCUUUCUUUAAGGGAUUUUUGGAGGAGGCAUAAGAGGAAGGUUUUUGCUGCAUUGGGAGUUUUGGGAAGUGGGUAUGUUCUGUAUAAGCUUUAUGAUGCCCAUAGACGGAGGCUUUCUCAGUUGGAGAGUGAACUUGAAGACCAGCGGGAAACCGAAGAACUUAUUAAGGCCCAACUCCAAGCCCAUUUUGAAAAUAUUCAAAGAAUAGCUGAUUCAACAACAUUGCCUUAUGCAAUGCACUGUUUGCGGAAUCGGAUAACAGAAGAGCUGGACCUUUCGCACUUGACGGGCAGGCUGCUGCAAGGAAAGGGUCACCCUAACACACUGACAUAUGUGGAGAAGCUUGAGCUAUGGGAAAGACUCAAAAUUCAAAGUUUCACGUUAAUGGUGUUGUCAUUGUGGGCAAUGACAAUGCUUAACUUAUAUGUACGAGUUCAGGUCAACAUUUUAGGGAGACAUCUAUAUAUUGAUACAGCAAGGGGUGUGGAAAAUUCUCAUCUAAUGGAAGAAGUGGACAAAUUUCAGAGGCAUGGUCAGCAAGAGUUUCUGGAAAGUGCCGAUUUUCUCUCCAGUUAUAGCAUAACCACAUUGAUUCAAAAUAUGCAGAUGGCAGCAGCAGAAGUUCUCAAAGAGGAACAGCUAAGGCAUCCCUUCAACAGUUCACUACUUCAUGAAACCAUCAUGCAGAUACUGGACAUGUUUAUGAACAUGAAUGGCCCUAAUCACUGGGUGACCUAUUUGGUACCUGAAAAUGCUUUAUCGUACAAGCACCAAAGUGCCACAUCUUCCAAUGAAGCGCUUCCUGAUAUUAGCAAACUUGACCAACUCAUGACAGAGACACGUGCUGUACUAUUGAGUUCUGAUUUUGGGAAUGUAGUGAAGAUAUCAUUGAGAGCAGUGGUGGACACGCUGAUGGAGGACAUUAUGAUCCAGUUCAGUGGGGGCAAUCUUCCAUCAGGAAUCCCUCUGGCCAAGCUUUUGCCACGAGUUGCACAGAUGGGUCGACCACUACUUGAGGAACCGAGCAAUAACAAGUUUAUUCAAACCAUUCGGAACUUGCCCGAUGUUGAACUUUUCUAUACUCUUCUCUAUGCAAAUAUGCCAUCCUUGUAAACCAUGAACAGGAAAGACGGAAUAUAGAAAUAAGAAAAUACAGCAAAAGAACAUAUGUGAUUUCAUGUUGAACUUUUGGAUGGGAAAAUUGAUUUUCCUAUUUGGGGGAGAAAAAUAAAAGAAAAAUGCAGAUUUCUACCCUUAAUUUUGUUAGAAAAUUGCCAAUAGAGAUACCGUCUGAAUUU